CUUACUUGCAAACCCACACUGUGUUAUUGAUAACAACUGCCUUAAAGAAAAGUAAGAAACUGGCAUGCCAGAUGGAGGAUCAGAAAGCAUAUGACUGUGAAAAUGAGGAAUGCCUGACACAAAAUGAGGAAAGCAGAAGGGAGCAGGAAGGUAGAGGCUGGGACGAUGAUGAGAUGGUCGAUGGAGGCAUGGAGGAGUGGAACGGGUUCAUUUCCAUGGGGACAACUUUGGUGCAAGCAAAGAAUGACGGGGUGGUAACUGAAUGGAAACCAGGUGAACCAGUGACCCCACAGCAAGUCCUGCAGCUGAACAGUUACACAAAGGACUACCUGUGUUUACUUGAGGACAACAUCUACAACGUAAACUUCUCUCGCUUCAAGAUCAGAGAUCUGGACAGUGGAGCAGUUAUCCUUGACAUUAAAAAACAUAAUCCAACAGAAAUUCAAGACAUCAUUGAAUAUGACACCAGCAGAUUUAUCCAGUACCACUUCUCUCCUGCUUUUCUGGCUCUCCGAGAGAUUGGAGCUACGUUGGAGUUCACAGUGGGCAGCAAAGCUCUUAACCACUUCCGUCUGAUUGAGAGACAUUUUUUCAGAAACUUGCUUCUUAAAACCUUUGACUUUGAGAUCGGCUUCUGCAUUCCACACAGCAGGAACACCUGUGAGCACAUAUACUGCUUACCAGACCUGGAGCCAAAUAUUGUGGAGGAAAUGAUUGCCAGCCCGUUUGAGACUUGCUCGGACAGUUUUUACUUCGUCAACAACAAGCUGAUCAUGCAUCACAAAGCAGAGUAUUCCUUUAGUCCACAAACACAAGGCAACUCAUUUGCUUGUAACAACAUGAACAGUGUUGGAUUGUGAUAUAAUCAUUUCUUUCUGUUCAACCCUUACUAUUAUACCAUUUUUAAAUGAGUAAGUGUAGAGCUACAACUUUAGGUACUGAAUCAGUUGCUGUGUCUAUUGUCACAAAUGAUCUGAUUUCAGGUUGGCAAUAAAUCAACCAGGUGGUAUUUUGAUGAAAUUAAGGAAAGUGUUUAAAUAACUGAGAUCCACUUGUUGAUCCAGAACAUGUGCUCUUCAUACAGUGAAUUUACUGCCAGGAGUCCAGAAACUCACUGACUUUUUAUAUGCAGACUAAUUACAAAGAGAUCAGAGGUGAGGAUGGUUACCUUUAGGAGCCAUUUAAACCCAUAUAUAUUAGCAUGUGUGGCCAAAACAUUUAGUUGAUGUAAACGUUUGAUCAGGGUCAUUUGAGUAGUUUCUGUUGUGCUUCUGAUUUGAAGAGAGUUUAAUAAUAAAUAGCUUCAUCCAACCA